CGCAGAGGGAAUUUCACAUUGUUCGUCGCGCAUUUAACCGGUAAAAUAUUUUCAUGUGGAAUGAUUAAGUAACCAUUCGGAGGAAGCGUUACACUGUCGCCCUGAAGUGAUGACAUUGUUAUUUGAUGUGUUUUAUGUUAUGGAUGUUUAAUUAUAUAUUUUAAUACAUCCGUGCAAACAAUUUGUGGACAAUUAGUGGUGGCUGUAUGUAGUGUAAUUCAUCGUCCGAGCAAUUAAAAGCGGUAACAGGUUAACGCGGUUCAGACAUGGUUUGAACGAUUACGAUAAGGCGCGUUCGCGCACGGAUGGUUUUCAGUCAUGGGGGGGCCGCGGCGCAUGUCCAGUGCGCUGCUGCUGCCCUUCGCCUUGCUCUCGCUGCCGCACACAGACGCCGCCAACAUUACUACAUAUCGCGAGGAAAUAGAAUCAUCACUACGGCUUGUGCACGCGGUGGCGACCGGCGCAACUGGAGCAUUGUGCGUCACUCACCGGUAUGGACGCCUACGGGCUCCGAUGCAUACCGCCAGAUGGGACACCACGAGAGCCAGGGCAGACCUCGCCGCUAAUCUGCUGCACCAACUUGGACUGGAAACUGCUGAGGUUCUUAUGGCAGUUUCUCAAGGAUUAGUGAUGGGAGCUAGUCCUACGGAACGGGCAGUAGGGUCACGUGCAUUAGCUUUGAGGUCCGAUGGAGUGGUGAACAGUGCCGUGGCGUGGGAACGAUAUGGAUCUGCAGAGCCUAUAGCUGUCGUGUCUCCACAGUUGGAAAAGCCGCCUGAUCCUGAAUAUCCUUGGUACGUUUCUGCCCACGAAAGUGACACGCUACGUUCUCCGAAGUUCAUGCCGUCAUCCCCUGGUGCGACUAUGGAGGGAUGGUGGACUUAUCCCUACUACAGCUGUGAAGCUAAACGAUGGCUGCUUUCUUAUACUGUCCCUGUUUCUACCAUCCGUGGAUUGAAAGGCAUCGUAUCGCUUGACAUAGACAUAUCUAGUUUGGAAAUAAACCAAUGCGAGGACAUAGCUGAAGAUGAAAACGACAACCAAAUAUAUUCAUUCCAUGGAACUCAUAAAUGUCCCAAUGAAACUACUUAUUGUGAAUAUAGACCGAACCGUGAAGUGAGUGCGCGCCGCGCCGGCUGGGCACGCGGCUCGUAUAUUUGUCGAUGUCGUCAAGGAUAUUAUUCUAUACACCACCCAGAAGGAUUUAAUGGCUCCCUCGUUGAAGUUGCCUAUCAAGAAUUUGAAGAAAAUGGACUAGAGAACUGGAGCGAGCCCUACGAAUGUUUAAAAUGCCAGCCGGGGUGCGAGACGUGCCGCGGCCCACAACCAUGUCUAGCUACUUACAACUGGCCCUUUCGGAUAUCUCUAUUAGUGAUUUCGGUGAGUUGUGCGGGACUGACUGUAUGUCUCACAAUCUACACACAUCACCACCGUCGGGUCAAAGUGUUCCGUGUCGCCAGUCCUGUGUUCCUCUCCAUCACACUGCUUGGCUGUGCUAUUAUGUACAUGGAGAUGGCAGCCAUAUUCCCAGUUCUGGACAUGUAUUCCUGUAUUGCCACAAAAUGGACUCGUCAUAUGGGCUUUUGCAUCACUUACACUGCAUUGUUGAUGAAAACAUGGAGAGUAUCCCUGACAUAUAGAGUGAAGUCAGCACACAAACUGAAGUUGACUGACAAACAACUUCUCCAGUGGAUGGCGCCUAUAUUACUUAUCAUGUUGGUUUAUCUAGGCACUUGGACACUGUCUGCACCGCCCGACGCGGAGGAAAUUACAGAUAACAAAGGGCUGAAGUUUAAACAAUGCACAUAUAAUUGGUGGGAUCACAGUUUAGCUAUAGGUGAAAUAUUGUUUUUGCUUUGGGGUGUGCGCGUCUGUUAUCGUGUGCGUCACGCAGAGAGCUUGUACAAUGAGGCGAAACUGAUCUCCUUCGCCAUUUACAACAUAUUCACUGUCAACUCACUGAUGAUUGCUUUCCAUUUACUAAUCUUGCCAAGAGCUGGUCCAGAUAUAAAAUACCUCCUCGGUUUCAUAAGAACCCAACUGUCGACAUCGACUACGGUGUUGCUUGUAUUUUUGCCAAAGGUGCUGCGCGUGGCGCGCGGCACGGGCGACACGUGGGACUCGCGCGCGCGCGCCCGCGGCGUGCCCGCCUCCUCCUCGCUCAACGGCAUCGGCCUCGUGCCCGACGACCCGCCCGACCUCUACCAGGAGAACGAGGAGCUCAAGGAAGAAGUGCAGAAACUGGCUGCACAGAUAGAGUUCAUGAAGAUCGUGCAAAUGGAGAUGCACAACCGGCACCUGAGGCCGCGCCCCGGCGGGUACUUCACGGCCAACGCCAAUAUGCCGGCGCCGCAGAGCCCAAUGCACCCCAAAAGUGUUAACGUUUCACAAGAGAGCGCGGAGUGGUCGGGCCCGGUGUGACGGGUGGCGCUGAGCGAGGCGCGCUGGCGCUGGCCGGCGCCGGGCGCGGGGCCCGCCGCGCGCCGCCUCACCACCGACCUCGACCGCCGCGUGCCCGCCUUCGUGUAGCCACCACGCGCCGCACACCACACACCACACGGUGGGGGAACUUAGACAAUUCACUUAGUCCGGGGCAAACCACUGUAUAUUUCUUCGCAUCUAAAUAAUAUGUUGUUGUAUGAAAUGGUUUACAGUCUAAAAUUAUAUGAAAUAUUGAUGACAUCUGUCUAGUCCACAACCUUACCAAACUUGAAAUUCUGAUUACAUUAGUAUUACCAUUUAUACAUUCAAUUUCAUAUAUCUAUCCAUCAUCGGCGAAAAAUAAUUCUCUGGUAUAAUAUGUGUUUGUUGUAUUAGUCUGGUUCAAAAUUGUGUGACCCAUGUUAUAAACAUGCACAUUUCUCGUUUGUAUACCGCCUUUAUGUUUUAAGAUACGAUAGUAUAGCAUAUAUAAUGUAGAUCAAUUACAGUGCGGGCACGUUAGCACUCACAGUAAUAUACAUAGUAUGUUGAAAAAUAAUAUCUAUUAUUACAAUUUGUGAUAGGUUGUAUCGUUUUUACAAUUCUUCCAAUGUCAAGUUUGAAAAGCAGAAGACACAUGCUAUAUGUAUGUGAAAAAAAAUUCUGGCCGAGUGAAUAUGAAACAAAAUUAAUGUAUAAAAAUGGAAUAAGAAGAAAAAAGGAAUCUUGAAUAGAAAAAAUUCAAGAUAUUACCAUUAUUGAAGGGACAGAUACCCAGAUGUCAAUAAACCAUCAUGCUAUAUUCUAUUAUUUUGACAUUAUUUUAUAUAGCGACUGAAGUAUAUUAAUUCACAGAAACUGCACUCCCCAGCUUUUGAAUGUUGUAUGCAUCAGCUUUCAACGAUUGCAUGAAUAAAAAUAUGUAAUACAUAUUUCACUAUGAACAAAUUAAUUUCUUGGAAGAGUUUUUCAAUUGAAUUAAUUUUGUAAGUAUUGGCAAUAUUUUAUUUAUCUUAGUCUUUUCUUCUCAAUUAUAUGUGUAGUACGCCAAAGAAUUUCAUUUUUUGUAAGUACUUUUUAUAGAUCAUUUUAUUUACAAGAAACUUUAAUUAUAGUUAUCUUGUAUUAAUGUGCAUUCUAUGAAUGUUUUUUUUAACACAUAUAUAUCAAAAUAAUUUAAUUGAUAUUUAACUGAUAAAGUAACAUUUAAAAUACUCAUGGAAGAUUGAUAAUCAGUCAACAUAUAUAUGCACCUAAAGUGAUCUCUCUGAAUUUUAUUAUUUUAAUUUGUUUGUUGUGUAAAUCAGAUAUGAGUUAUGUUUUUUUAUGCUAUAUUACACAUCUCUUUGUCGUUUCUUUAAGAUUGACACUCACACCAAAACUCCUAAGUAGUUUGUGAUCUUUAGGUCUGAAGUUUUGCAAAUGGACCAGAUUUCAAAAAUUUUACUAAAAUUCAAAAAAUCUUUACUCAGGACCACAUAAACUGUAUUCUGACAUAAUAGGUAUUAUAUCAUUUAGUUAAUUAUGAAUACUUUUAUUAAAAUGUUAUAUUUUAAUUACUUUUUAGACACUUACGUAGGUCAAUGACUUUAAUGAUCCAAGGCAAAACUAUGGCCCUUGUAGCCCAUAUAUAUAUAUUUUUUUUAUAUAUAAAAAGGUUGAGUGUGGCUCCUUUAUUCUGUUAAAAAAACAUUUGUGGUUGAAUGUUAAUCUAAUAUUAGGUUCAUAAUUAUAUGUUAACCUUUAAAUUAAAACAUAUUGUGUAUUUGCUUUUACAUUUGGAGUGAUAAUGUGUUUGUUACAAAAAUAUUGCAGUUGUACCACAUUUAAUGCUAGUCAUAUAUUAUGUAAUAGCAACAAUUACAUAUUGAUACUUGGUUAGUGAGUAUUUUAUGGACAUAAUAUAAUAAAUAGUAAUGUUUUCUGUUCCAUAUAAAUUAAUACUGUGAAUAUACCAUGCACUAUUUGUGUAAAAACAGUGACUAGAAAUUAAAAAUGUAUACUUAUGUAACAGUUUGCAGUAUAUGCAUACAUCUUACAAAUUCUUGCUAAAAAGUAACAUUUGUAUUACUUGUUUUGUAAAUUUUACAAUAAUUGCAAUGUCAUACAUUCUUCUUUUUGCUUGCUUCAAUACAACAAUGGCAAACCAGUGAAAAUUAUAUAUAAAACCGUGUUUGUACUUAAUUAGCAUAGACAAUAAAGUGGCAAUGUUUUAAUUACUUUAUUAUAUCAAAAAAAGGUAAUUUAUAAUAAAAUAGUUUAAUUAUUCAGUACAUUCAGUUGUCAAAGAUCUUUAGUUUGUACUAUCAUCUUAAUAUAAGUUGUAUUAUAGAUAUAAGAUUGUGAUUAUCCAUUUGUAUAUUACUAGAUGUAAUAAAUUGUAAAUAACAAAUGAAGCAAAGCAUCAAUUCUAAAAUGUUGUACAUAAAACCAUUAGAAAUUAUUUAUCAAAUUACAAUGUUUUAAUUAUUUUAUUUUACCUGUGAUAAUUAUAAUUAAUGCAGUUAAAAUAACUGUUAUGUUAGUCAUCUUACCUCAUGCUUAAAUUGUGAUAGAUUUGUUUAAAUACUCCAUGAUGCAUGUGUAUAUUCAAUUAUGUUUAAUUCUACAUUAAAAUUAAAAAAUUAACAAUGUUUGAAAAUUGUUACCAUUUUAUAUACUUUACAAUUAUAUAUAAGCAUGAAUAACUAUACUCUUUUCACAAUAAAAAUCUGUGUGUUUAGAAACAAUUAUUUUUCAUUUUUGGCUUAAAGGUAGAACAACAAAAAUUGUGUUGUUCAUAAAACUGCGUGCAUUAUGGAUAUUAGAUAAUUCCUCUUAUUUGUGUUACACGGUAAGUUUGAGCUCAUUUUUUUUUACAAGUGAUUGUUACCAAAUAUUAAAUAAUAUGUAAUGGAUAUGGUCACUUGUCAUUAAGCUUUUUAUUAAGUUGACUGCAUAAUAGUGGUUAAGUAUUUAAAAAUAUAUAUAUUGUAAGUAAAUGUUUAGUUGAAUAAAUCAAAAGCAGUAUCUAUUACUCAAAGUAUCUAUACUUAUAUGUAAAUAUUGAUUUUCAACAUAACCAAGAUUAGAGAAAAAUUUUGAUUGUUAUUAGUGGCAUUAGGUACAGAAUUAAGAAAUAAAGUGAAAUACAUACUCGAUUAUGUGUAUAUCUAUAAUAUUAGUGGAGAUUAUUAAAUGCUUUGUUCAAUUAGUUACAAGUACCAAGAUUUUGUGAAGCCAAUUUUAUUUAUUAGUUAGUAGUAUGUGAAUAAUGAAUGUGAUACCAAAUAAAUGUUAAAUAGUCAUAACAAUAUAAUGAUAGCAUAAUCAAAUCUAUUAUUGUGUACUUCUCAUUUGUAAAAUACAUUUUAUGUGCCAAUUUUUAAACUUCUGAAUUAUUGUAAAGUUUUGACUGUUUUAUUUUGUGAUUAAAACCUACAAUGUAGUCAAUAAGGUGUAAUUGUAAUUGGAUGUUAAAUAUUUGAUGUAACAAGUGUUGUUAUCUGGAAUCCAGUUAUAGAUGAAUUUUGUGUAAGUUCUGUUUUUACAUUAAAAUAAAAAGUGACUGUU